AUACGCUUGCAGUAACAAUGAAACAGAGGCUUCCCUACACCAGCCGUACAGUAUUGUGUUAGUUUGUUUACAUUAGUUCACACUAAUGUACAAAUGCUCAGUGGAUAUUAUAUAUUAUAUGUUUAAUUCAGUUUGGUUUGCUUGUUAGAUAACAAGUUAGUUUUCUAGUUAGAGAGCGAUAGUUAUAGCUACGUAGGUUAGGCUAACGUUAGUCUAGUUCGCUUUUAGCUAGCUACUAAUGAUCGAGUCACUAAUACAGUGCUACCUCCUUUAACUUAACGCUAGCUACGUCGAGCGUUGUGGAGAACAUCGUCAAUGCUAGCUAGCCUUUUCCUCCGCACCGGGGGGGUAAAAUUAGUUUUUAUCAAAACCAACAUUGCCAAACAGUUUUAAGAUGGAUGACAAAGUAUUUACCAAGGAAUUAGAUCAGUGGGUCGAACAACUUAACGAAUGCAAGCAGCUAUCAGAGAAUCAAGUGAGAACGCUUUGUGAAAAGGCCAAGGAGAUCCUGACCAAGGAAUCAAAUGUCCAGGAAGUGCGCUGUCCGGUCACGGUGUGCGGAGAUGUGCACGGCCAGUUCCAUGACCUAAUGGAGCUUUUCAGAAUCGGGGGGAAGUCACCCGACACCAACUACUUGUUCAUGGGAGACUAUGUGGACAGAGGCUACUACUCGGUGGAAACAGUCACACUGCUUGUAGCAUUAAAGGUGCGGUACCAAAAACGCAUCACAAUACUGCGGGGGAACCACGAGAGCAGACAGAUCACUCAGGUGUACGGCUUCUAUGACGAGUGCCUGAGGAAGUAUGGCAAUGCCAACGUGUGGAAAUACUUUACAGACCUGUUUGAUUACCUCCCCCUGACGGCGCUGGUUGACGAACAGAUAUUCUGCCUGCAUGGUGGCUUGUCUCCAUCAAUUGACACACUGGAUCAUAUAAGAGCUCUGGACCGCCUGCAGGAGGUGCCACAUGAGGGUCCCAUGUGUGAUCUACUAUGGUCAGACCCAGACGACCGUGGAGGCUGGGGCAUCUCCCCCCGAGGUGCUGGCUACACUUUCGGCCAGGACAUCUCUGAAACCUUCAACCAUGCCAAUGGUCUUACCCUUGUUUCCCGUGCUCACCAACUUGUCAUGGAGGGAUACAACUGGUGUCAUGAUCGCAAUGUUGUCACCAUCUUCAGUGCGCCAAACUACUGUUAUCGCUGUGGAAACCAAGCUGCCAUAAUGGAACUGGAUGAUACUCUUAAAUACUCUUUCCUUCAGUUUGACCCUGCACCACGACGUGGAGAGCCUCAUGUCACCCGCCGCACCCCUGAUUACUUCUUAUAAAACUUCCACUGGCCCGGUGGACCACCUCUGCAGCAAGCAUCAACCAGCCCCAAUAUACCAGUGUGCAUAUGACCUGUUACAACAUCAGAGCACUAACAUGGACCAAAAUGUGCCAUAUAAGCAUUUACUACACACAAACAAAUAGCCGUGUAUCAACUCUAACACAGUGUCCUGUUCUCUAGACCGUGCAAUUGCCUGCUGUACACUAUUGAUGGUAAAAAAAAGGAUCUAUUUAUUGACUGUACAUGAUGCAAAAA